CAGUACUAUUUUCAAGAAAAUGGUUACAGAAUCCCAGACAUCCAUACAACUGCCAGUUGUAGACAUUUCUAAGCCACUGCACCCAUCUUCUCUCUCCAUUCUUGCAGAAGCCUGCAAAGAAUGGGGUUUCUUUCACAUAACCAAUCAUGGGAUCUCCAAAGAUCUUUACAACAAAAUUCAUUCUCUCUCCAAGCGCCUUUUCAGCCUCCCUUCUGAGACUAAACUCAAACUUGGCCCUUUCUCAUCUCUGAAAACUUACACUCCUCAUUUCAUAGCCUCUCCUUUCUUUGAGAGUCUUAGAGUUCGUGGACCAGAGUUUUCUGCCUCAGCUCAGAGUUCUGCAGAUGCCCUCCUUGACCAGCAAAAUUCUGAAUUCAGUGAGAUAUUGCAAGAAUAUGGGAGCAAAAUGACAGACCUAUCACAGAAAAUUGUGAAGACAAUGCUAAUGAGCUUAGGUGAGGAUUUUGAGAAGAAAUAUUAUGAUUCUGAGUUCAAAAACUGUCAUGGGUAUUUGAGGAUAAACAACUACUCAGCUCCAGAGAGUUUGGAAGAAGAGGCUGAGGGACUUGGAAUGCAUACUGAUAUGAGCUGUAUAACAAUAGUGUAUCAAGAUGAAAUAGGGGGGCUCCAAGUGAAAUUAAAAGAGGGGAAGUGGAUGGACAUUAACCCAUGUGAGGGGACCCUAGUUGUAAAUAUUGGUGAUAUGUUGCAGGCAUGGAGCAAUGGAAAGUUCAGGUCAUCUGAGCACAGAGUCAUUCUAAAGCAGCCUGUGAAUAGGUUUUCUCUAGCUUUCUUUUGGUGUUUUGAGGAUGAGAGAGUGAUCUUAGCCCCUGAUGAGGUGGUGGGGAAAGGAAAUAUGAGGAAUUACAGGGCAUUUGUUUGCUUGGAUUAUUUGAAAUUCAGAGAGAACAAUGAGAGAGGAAAGUUUGAGAAAGUUGGGUUUACUGUUAAGGACUUUGCUGGGAUUGGACUUCAAUCUAGUGGCUAGAAGAUGGAAGGCAUGGCUUGCUUCAUUGUUUUGAGUGGAAAUUGGGGAAUCCGGAUAUCCUCUAAUACAUUUUUCCUCGAUUUUCAUUGUCAAUAAAUCAUAAAUCGUGUGUUUAUGAGGGACCCACUUAUGUCAGUACGUUUUAUUUAUGUUAAUAUAGGUGUCAUCUACGAUUGAGCGAAAUUAAGUUAAAGUAUAUUGAAAUGAAUUUGGAUAGAAUUGUGGUGUCGAGUUCAAGUGGUUUGACUUGUUGGUGG